AUGUCUUAAUAACCUUUAAUUGAAAUUCCAACACUGAAUUAAAAUGAAAAUCAACAAUAAGGGCCCAAUAUUAAAUCAAGCAAACUCCAAAAAUAAUCCAGUCUAGAUCAUCUGUCGGUUCAUAGUUUUAAGAGUGGAUUGACCUACAUUAGAGAUUCUUGGAAGAGUGGAAUGGCCUAGACAAUAUUGAAUAUGCCAUUUCACUUAACUAUCGGUAGUAGUUCAGGUUGCAACGCCUCUGUUGGUAUCACGACUGCAUUCAUAGCAGCACUAACCAAUGGAUUCUUUAGUGGAAGCAACCAUUCAAUAUAUAUGCCAUCUUGGGUCGUAAUUGGAUUGAAUUAUCAAUUGGUGAAGACCUAUGGUGUUGAAGUAAUGCCUUGGAUCACAAUCAUAGUGGGAAUCUACAUUUAUUUGGCAGGAUUAUUAAAAUGGCAUCAUUUAUCAGAUUUUAUUCCGGUUUAUGUUAUAGAAGGAUUCUUGUUAGGGAUUGCAAGUCUAUUUUUUUUUUCAUAUAGUGAUUAUAUGUUUGGAUUAACAGAUAAUCAUUCGAAUAGAGGAGUGGAACUGUAUUCAUCUUACUACGAUAUGUUUAUAUCUUUUUAAGAAAGAGGAGAUUUAUACUAUUUUGUAGGUGCAUGGUGUGUUUUCCUCUUUUUGUAGAUGGGUAGAAUAUUCUUUAGGUAAUUUCCAUGGAUAUUCAUAACUACAUUAACUGGAUUAACCUUGGGAAUAGUCUAUCCAACUGAAAAAUGCUUGAGAUCAGCAUAUGGAUAAGUCACAAUAUAUUUUAAUUUUAUAGAAUAUGAUGGCCCAAAAUUUCAUCCAGACUUUUAAGUUGUUAGUCAUCUAUUAACUUAAGCUAUACCCAUCACACUUUUUAUUUUGAUAUAAAAUCAAUUCUGUGCCAGGGCAGGUUAGUCUUUAAGUGGUGUCAAAUGUGAUUAUGAUCAGGAAAUACAAUGUGUAUCUACUGCCAAUAUUUUAAGUGGAAUAUUUGGUGGGUUGCCUUGUUGUGCAUCAUCAAGGAUGUACAUUUUAGAUAUUAAGUUACGUAAGACCAACCAAUGGUCCUCCAUUCUUAACGCUUUAUCAAUACUGUUCUUCUAUGGUGUUUUUAGUAAAUUUUUUAUGGAUAUACCCUUCUAUAUUAUUAGUGGUCAAUUGCUGUACAUGAUUAUCAAUAUACCACCUUGGCAUUACUAUGUUAAUUUAUACAGAACCUAGAGAAAAUUAAUUUUAUUCUAUAUUUUUUGUAUUGCUUGGCUCUGUGUUAAUUACGGUGCCAUUCAAAGUACUCUUAUUGGCAGCAUGCAUGCUCUAAUUAUUUUUGCACAAAAAAUGAGUUCACCCUCAGCAGAAGUGAUGACCAAUCAAAAGGAAGGAGUGUAUUAGAUAAAUCUAAGAGAUUCUAAUCUUCAUGAAUUUGAAGAAGAAUGCAAUGACAUUCCCCCAAAUCUAGAAGGAACAUAUACUGUUUACAGAUUUAAUGGAGCCUUAAAUUACAUCAAUAUCAAGGGUCACAUCGAUUAGAUCAAAGAAUUAGCCAAGACAGACGUUUUCAUUCUCAGUUUCAGAUAUGUUUGCGUUUUCGAUUUCUAAGCAGUUGACAGUUUAGCCAUUAUUAUAGAUAACAUGAGAAAAAAUAGCACUUAGGUGUAUAUUACUGGAUUGCAUCCUGGAAUGUUGGAACUAUUGAGCGAGAAUAAGAUCUUCAAAGAGUAUUUUACUAAUGAAAGCCACAUGUUCCAUCAUAUAGAAAAACUGCCCUCUUAGUGA